AUGGUGGCCAAAUGCAAAGUCGCUGGAUGCGCAUGGAGGCUUAGAGCGGCCGUAAAGAACGAACCCUCCACGUUUUGGGUGACAAAGUACGUGAAGUCGCAUACAUGUUCUGUUUCUGAUCGAGUACGUAAGCAUAAACGUUGUACAACGAAGUAUAUUGGAAAGCUUUUUCUUGAUCGGACAGGGCUCAUUGAAGGAAUUGUGCCGCAACACAUAAGAGACUCUAUGAGGAGGAUGUUUGGAAUGAAGCUCGACUAUACGGCUUCAUAUAGAGCUUUGAAACAUGCCCAAGACUUGGUGUGGGGAACAGUAGAAGAAGGAUACGCGAAUCUGCCUUCUUACUUGCAAAGUAUCAAGGAAGCAAAUCCGGGAAGUUAUUUGAGGAGAGUGAUUGUGGUUGAUGGGACUCAUCUUACUGGGAAAUACGGAGGAGCUCUACUCGUGGCUGCCGGACAAGACGCCAACUUUCAAAUAUUCCCGCUAGCUUUCGCAGUGGUCGAUGGUGAGGAUAAUGAAUCAUGGGAAUGGUUUUUCAACAAACUUAGAGAUUGUUUCAGGCAACUUCCGCCAAUGGCGAUAGUCUCUGACCGUGCCGCUGCCAUAGCUAGAGCAUUGGAAUCGUUAUGCCCUGGGCAUCAAGAGGAAUAUGUUACUAUCACCUCCAAGAAAGCAGAUCCGAAGUUAUGGUCGAGAGUUCAUUUUGAAGGUGAUAGAUACAAUAUAAAGACGAGCAACAUCGCAGAAUCUAUUAAUUCGGCUGUCAAGAAAGCAAAAGGAUUACCUAUUCCUCGUCUUUUGGAGUUUAUUAGGGAGAAGCUCGGGAGAUGGUUUAGCAAGAGGCGGGAGGAUGCACUGAGUCUCACAACCAUCCACAGCAGAGGUGUGGAGUACAUAUUGGCCAUACGGUCUUACUAUGCUGGAACUGCAGCCGAAGCUAACGUCGACAUGUCCUAUUACGUAUGCGCCACUCAUUCGAAGCCUUCCUUGUUCUCAACAUAUGCACAUCCGCUAUACCCCAAAGCGGGAACUGACUCCCACGUGAAGCCUGUUCGUUGUUUGCCUCCAGGGGAGAGUGUCCCUCGUGGAAGGCCGAAGAAGUCGAGGUGGCAAACUUGGCUAGAGCUGUCUAGGAAGAAAAACAAUAAACCGAGGAAAAUGCAUAAGAAAUACAGCUGCUCUAAGUGCAAGGAACCUGGUCAUACUCGCCCCAAUUGUGUCGCUGAAGACUGA